AUGACUGACCCCAAAAGCUGCCAAAACAUCAGCCUUCUGAACAGCUUUGGCGUCUACCAAGCGUACUAUUCCCCCGCCUUUCUAAGCAACAAGUCUUCGUCGGCAAUAUCAUGGGUUUGCACGAUUGAAGCUUUCCUCCUGGAGAUCAUAGGAGUGAUCAUCGGCCCUAUCUUUGACCGUGGCUACUUCCACACACUCGUCGUCUUAACGCAGGGGGGUUGCGUGGGUCUUGGCAGUGGUUUGAUCUUCGUGCCGAGUGUAGCCGUGGGGACUGCUGCGUUUAGUGAGAAGCGUGCGAUUGCGGUGGGCAUUGCUUCGUCGGCUUCGAAUCUAGGUGGUAUCAUAUAUCCCAUCACAUUCCGUCAGCUGCAACCCAGAGUCGGAUUUGCGUGGGCCACGCGAACAAUCGCGUUCAUAGCCCUUAGGACAUUCAUCAUCUCGUUCGCGGCACUGCGCGACCAUAAAGUCGCCGGCAAGGAGCCACGCGCACUGAUCGAUGUCCGAGCUUUCCGUGAGCUCCCUUUCAUGAUAUACCUACUAGCCCUCUUUGGUCUAUACGCCGGAUACUUCGUCCCGCUCUUUUACGUCGCCACAUACGCUUCCACCCAUCUGUAUACCACCUCGGAUUUUGCUUUCUACCUCACCGCCGUCACGACCGCCGGCGCUUUCAUCGGAAGGCUCUUUCCAGGUUUGUUCCUAAAGCCCUUCGCUGCCAUCGAGACCCUCGUGCUGGCAUCGGCAGCAGCAGAGAUCUCGGUGCUCGCGUGGGUGGGCGUCUACAACCUCGCGGGCAUCAUCGUCUUCUGUGUCGUGUUUCGCUUGCUAUCUGGAAUCAUCAUCACACUGACGACCGUCAUGGUCCCUGUGCUAUCGCCCGGAACGCUACAGGGUAAGGUGGGGACGAGGCUGGGCAUGGCAUAUGCGGGAUGCGGGAUGGGGGUUCUCAUAUGUAGUCCGAUCGCUGGAGCGGCUUCGCGUACGACGGUUGGAGACUUCCGCGGAGCCCAAAUCUGGGGCGGUGCGACGCUGUUGCCGGGCUCGGCUUUGUUGGUGUAUCCUUGGUCAAUCGUGAAGAGAAGGAAAGAGUGA